UCUUGUAAACCUUGUUAGCCAAAAAGAUGGGCACGUUUCUGACUGCUGCGAUUUAUAUUUGAUUGCUACUGGACGAAAGAAAGUGCCGUCUAUGUGGACCGAAAUGUGUUUCUACAUCUAGCCGGCCCGUUUGCCAUAAUCAAAUUGUGAAGCAUCGCUGCUUCGACAUGCGUCGGAGCACUGCAGCGCUUCAACGCAACUCUCGUCGCACUCGAUCCCUCCCAAGUGUAAAAAAUAUUGCUGUAAAUAGAAAUCAUGUGGUCCGGACCCGCUGGACCGUGGAAUCAAUGGCCGAUUCAUGCCUCCAUGUAUCAAAACGUGCCUCACGAACAAGUGGACUGGGCCCAACUCGCCAAGCAAUGGAUCCAAAUGCAGCAGGCACCCCCUGGGCCCGAACCGCCUAUGCAAGCACCACAUAUGGCCCCAUCUAUGGCACCCAGAGUGCCUGCACCAUCUUUGCCGGCACCGCAGGCACAUCAUGGGAUGCCUCCAUCUGUACCACACAAACCUCUUCCACCGCAAAUUGGAGGCAUGCCGUCCGUCGGGCCACCUCCACCACAAGGAGGCUACUGGGCAGGGCCAGCGUCGUCGUCUUGGGGGGCUGGGGAAGGAAAACCCUGGCAGUCAUUGGGUUCACAUCAGGCGAAUGCCCUGGAGGUGGAAUGGGCCCUCCUGCAGUUGCUCCCAUGCCACCCAUGGGUGUCUCUGAGAAGGAAACCUUUGACUACGGCCACGUCUCGUCCAGCCAGCCACAUGCCUCCCAGAGCUACGAUUACAACCAUGGCGGGGCUGAACAGUACGCCCAGUACGCACCUCCACCACCACUCAUGGACAGUUAUCCAAAUGCCGGGGAGCCUUACCAGCACCAAUACUGGGGCAUGGGCCAGAACUCGUGCCCGCCACCAUUCUUGAGGAAGGAGCGCUGCAAUGACAGGGAGGAUGCCCAGGUUCCCUUUUUUGAGGAAGAAAUGCCACAAUUAGGAUUUAAGCGUGAGCAUGGGCACAUUAACAUGGAAGCUCCCAUGUCUCUUGAUGUCCUAGAUGCCGCCAAACGCAAAACAUUGCCCGGUUGGAUUCGUGAGGGUUUGGAGAAAAUGGAGAGGGAAAAAAUGCGCAAGAUGGAACGAGAGAAGGCAGAAGCAGAGCGGCGUGCAAGGAUCAGCAGACAGGCUGAAGAUGACGACCCAACAAAUACAAAAUCUAAGUUUGAUUCAGACUCUGAAGAUGAAAAGGAUGCGGUUGACAUGUUCAGUGAAGCUGGUCGUGCAAAGCUGUCGCCAAAACGUAAUGGUGCUUCCCCACCACGUAAAUCCUCGCCGGAGCCAGCACCUGUGCGGCCGAGAGAAGAGGAGUUCAGGUUCCAGACGCCUGAGGAAGAGCAUCAGGAAAUGAUGCUGAAAGUGCGCAGGACACUCACUGAGCUGUUGCUCGAAGUGACCAAUGACGAGAUGCACUCCUUAUGCCAGGAAGUUCUCCAGAAAGCAGUGCUCAAAGCUCCUGCCCGCCAGCUCAGAUCCUCCUCCGCUUUGGCAAAUAUUACCGGUGGAUUGGGCGGCCUCAGCGGUUACGGCAGUGACAGCGAAUCGAGCAGCGGUGCGGAGAGUGGGGAUGAUUCGGAGGAGGAGCUGCAGCGCUGCAUUCGUGAUAAGAGAGCUGCAUUCGCUCAGUGGGAGCACCAGGUGGCGGAGGAGCUCGACGAAGAGGACCGUCAACACGAGCGCCGGCUGCAGCAGCAAGCAGCUCAGAAGGUAACGGAAGACGGGGGCGUGCGUAACAGCAACAGACCUGCCGAGAAGAGUCCUGCGGGCGCUUUAGACACCGACUCUCCUAAAGAGGCCAGCCACGAGGAAACGGCAGAACCCGAUAAAAAUGAAGAAGAACGAGAGGACCCCGGUGGCACUCCUCAAAAAGACUGGUCGAGCCCUCCACAGGCGGAGCUUCCAGAUGAAAAGGUCAACAAUGCAAGCAUCAGUAGUAGCAGCAGCAGCAGCAGCAGCAGCAGCAGCAGCUCUUCUUCUCCUGAGCACAAUUCUUCGGAGACAGACGACCGGCAUGACGAGAAGGCAUCAUCGAGGAAAGACCGAGAGAAGGUCUCCAGGCGCGAAUCGACGAAGUCAUUCUCGGAGAAAACAAGUGUCAGCAAAAAGCGACAUGACAGAAGGAGCCGCAGCUCUUCCCGUCGAAGAAAAAGUCGAAGUCGUUCUCGGGAGAAAAAAGACAAGCGGCGCUCCCGGCAUCACCGCAGCAGCAGCAGCUCUAGCCACAGCCAAAGCAGUAGGCGGAGACGAACCAAGCGACGAAGUCGGUCAAGGGAUAGAAAGGACAGGCGCCGACGGCGCAGGAGCAGCAGCAGCAGUCACUCCAGAAGCCGAAGUCGAAGCCACGGUCGACGAAGAAGUCGCUCAAGGAGUGCAAAGCGCUCAAGCCGGCGUAAAGAUAGAAGCCGAAGCCGAAGUCGGAGGCGGAGACGCAGCUCUGAAAGCGCAGGUUCGGGUAAGAGGUCCAGUCGCAAAAACAGAGACCGAUGAGACGCGACGUCCAUUACAGGUGCAGACGGUCGAUGCGCACCGCUUCCAGUGGAAUAUCAUCACACACACACUCAAGGGCUCAUCAUUGUGAGCAUGUGGGUCAAGUAUGAUUUCUUCUUGUGAAUAGUAGGGCAUUGUGUACAGAAGUUGCAGUGUGCGGUACUGCUGCCCCAUUAAAAAAAAAUUUCCUACUGGUGAAUGCUCAGUGAAGAACUCUGUCCACCAACCAACCUCCUGUCCUUUCUUCCUGCACCGUAUUUUGUAAAACGUGUAAAUAGCACGAGGCUUUGAAAAAGUCUCGCCCAUCAAUCAUCACUGAGCUGAGUUUACCUUGCACCAACACCUUCCCCCAUUCAAUCAGCCCUGCUCUUUCGUGCCUAAUAAAGUUGCAUUUGUCAUAUGUGCUUUCUCGUGGAUUGUGUUCUGCUGCAAAUAAAUUGUGCCAAUAUUGCUUA